CUGCACCCGCACGGGGCGUUGGAUCAACCAAGGAAGAUGUCGCAUGUUUCUCGCUCAGUGAAUCUCAGGAUGUCGCGGAAAAUUAACGUCCACGCCACGCUGCUGCUCGUCCUGCUCGAGCUGGCCGCGUCGGCCAUGGUCCUGCCGAGGCCACCCUCGUCGCACCCUAAUCACAUCCACCAGGAUCAGGAUCUGUCCGCCCGCAAAUCGCUCGAGGGCAAGUCUCUGCACGGCAUCUCGCGAAACACCAACGUGGAGAGGCCCGAUACCGAGGACUACAGGCUUUUUGAGAUCGAGCUGCAGGGCGCGGACGAGAUGGACGCCGCGAAUCUGCAGGGCCUGAUGCGCACGAUGCUGAAGGAGGAACAGCGAGCCUCGGACCCGGGGUAUCCGAAUCCCGAGGUGAUCCCGCAUUCGAUCCUCGGUGUGCGGGACAUGGGAUUAAGCCCGAAUUAUCGUCUGGAUGCUUUUGACGACAAGCGCGCCCCGCUGAGUUCGCCGAAGCUGCCGAGCCACGACGAAAAGCUCUACUAUCUGAAGAGCGGCCGGCCUAAGGUCUACGUAAACGUGCGUGGAAACAGCGGCUCCUUUCACAAGAACACCGCCGUCCCGUCGUCGACGGUAACCUCCAGCGAGGGCGCAGUGGGAUACCUAAGGGUUACGCGACCCUUCGAGAGACAAACCGACUGGAAGACGCGAGACAAAAAGAGCCGGCCGCCCAAAAAGUUCGACCGUCGCAUCGACGGUUUGGUUCUGAGGACCGAGGAGUUCGGUAAAACGUACGAACAGGCGACGUUUUACGGGCCGGACGAGCCGUCGACCACGGAGAAUUCCAUGGUCACGUCGAGCGAACUGCCCAAACAGAUACCCGCACCACCUAGCAAAGUUCGCGGACGGAGUCUGAUGGCGCAAACCACGCCUGUACAGAGGUAUGCGCUUAGGAGGACGGAUAUCCUACCCGGAUAUGGCUUUAUCGAGGAACACUAAAAUCGAAUAAUCGAGGUGGAAAUUGAAAUAUCCUGAUUUUCCCUUGAAAAGUGGCAGAUUUAAGCGCGAUUCUCGUAAUCGUCGUUUCACGAUUCGCUUCAAAAUCCAAGUAACGCGCGAUAAAGAAAUCAAUUUGACGACGUAUUUCGAAAUAGGAUUAAUUAUACAAUAAUCAUUCACAUUUGAUUACGCAUACAUUUCUAUCGUCAAAUCAUUGAUCAUUAAUCGCUGUUUGCAUCACAAAUGUUAUAUGGCUAACUACCGACACCAGAUUCUUUUAUCACUUGUCACAUAAUAAUAUUUUGCAAGCGUCGAGAGGUUUCAGAAAUCUCGAUGAGGAGCUAGCUGUGAUCGCAUGAAAAAUAUUACUUCGUACUUUGUAAAAUGAAUAUCAUCUUCAGAAUUCGAUAAAGUUCUAGUUCUUCUCUAAACUCUUCUAAAGCUUUUGAUACAUUUCGAAUAGAGCUUUGGCAAUAAAAUGCAUAAAACAUAAAUAUAUGUGCCAAUUUUACAUUUUUUGUUUUACGAAAAUCAUCAUUUUUUUUUUCAUUUCAAUUAAGAUCAAUAUUUAAUAUGAGAAGAGCCUUUAUUAACUAUCACAAUUCUGAAAAUGGUAUACUAAUCUUGCAGAGGUAAUUGUUACAUCUCGGCGAAAAUGUAACAUUGCAACGUUAACGUUCUAGUAUUGGUGUUAAGCUUAAUUUACUCUGGAUAUGACGGCUUACAAUAAAAAUACGCAUUAUUAUUUAUAUACAGAUUAAUAUAUGUUUGUAAUAUAUAUAGUAAACUAAUCUAGAAUUAAGAGAUUAUAGUAAUAUAUUAAUUUGUAGUUUAGUAAUAAACAGCGAGCAAGCCAGUUAA